AGUAGCAGAAACGAAAAAGACAGGCGCGGUAACAGCAAGGAACUGCAGUUCCUUGUCUGCGAAAGGGACGGCUCUCGACGUCGUCUACUCGUUCGUCGGCGGCAGUUGGCGUCGCGACCGCUUGCGCCAUCUCUUGUCUCCCGUUGGAAACGGCGCCGUGUUGUUUGCAGACCGGUGGCGUAACUGCGCUUCCAUGGGAGCUAAUGCUUUUUCUUUCUUUACUUUUUGCUCAGGGGUUUUAAGACAUCUUCCUUCUCUUCUCUUGGCGUCAACUUUCGUAUUCCUCAGUCUCGGGUUGCUUCGAAAUGAAAACAUAUGUUUUAUUUUAAUUUACAAAUAGGUGUACGCACGCAGCAGACACACUCAACCCCAGGCAUCGCAAAGAGUCAUCAUCAUAGCAGCAGGAAUUCCAUUGAGCACAAUGCCGUGAACUGGGAAUCGGGAAAAUGCGCAGAAAUUAUGUUAGUGAGGCGAAAGGACUGGGGUGCGAGGGAGUCCAAGAAUGUGGAUUACCUCAGAACAAAUGGUGGGGUCACAAUAGUGUUUUAUCAUCACACUGAAGGACUCGAGUGUAAUUCUGUGGAAACUUGUGCCAAAAUCAUUCGCCAAUGGCAAGACUACCACAUGGACACUAAACGAUGGGAUGACAUCGCCUACAACUUUGUGAUUGGGGGCGACGGACGGGUGUACGAAGGCCGUGGCUUUGAUGGCAUCGGAGCUCACACGCUGAGCUAUAACAGCAAGUCAGUGUCCUUGGCCUUCGUCGGAAACUUCACAAUCAACGUACCCAACAGUAAAAUGCUGGCCGCCGCCGGCGUCCUCAUUGAAUGUGGUGUUAAAUCGGGGAAAAUCCAAGCUAAGUACAGCCUCCACGGUCAAAGAGAUGCAAACCUCAGAGAUUGCCCAGGAGAAGCUAUCUAUGCCUUAAUACAAGAGAGCACCCAUUUUGGCGGUAGAUUGGAUCCCUAUAUAUAUACUCCUCGCAGCGGUGAUUUGGACGAAAUAAACACAGUUCAAUAAAGGAAAGUAUGAUGCAAAAU